GAGAGGAGCAUCCGAAGUUUGGUUGGGCAGGUGUGAAGAGCCAGGUGCCCGCUGUGGGUGUAGGCCUUUGGGAGAAAGAAGAGGUGAUAUGGCUGUCCCGGAUUUUGAGAAGGGAGGAGGGAAAAGCGUGUGUGGAGGAAGUGCUGCUGCAGACGGAAUCUUUGAAGACUGUCGUGGUGGAUGCUCGACUACGCGGAUUGUUGGGUUAAGGGCGAGAAGUGUUUCCCCGACGUUCUAUUCCCCUCAAACAUUUGGGUUUCUUUCCCCCGAGAGCGGGUAAUGACGGAUUGCGAGCGGGAUUGUAUCUCCGUCUACUCAAAGCCAACCUCGCCUCCGUAAACUGUAGGCUAGCGAAAACUUCGACGUCCGACGUUGCUGGAAAGGUGAGUCGAAACUCGAUUGUUCAAGUGUCAGGCUUUAUAGUACAUCCAUGAGGAAAUGACACCCCAACCUGUAUUAUGAAGGACUCUUCCGAUUCGUCUAACUA